AUGCACUUCUCUGAGUGGGGCCAAUGUGCCAUUCUGAGGCUGCUGACAAAGUACACUGUUGCUGGUGAGACAGAGAUGUUCGACAUCAUGAACAUCCUGGAUGGCCUGCUAAAGCAGUCCAGCAGUGCGGUGGUCUUGUCGGUGACGAAGAUCUUCGUCGACCUCACCAGCAACCGCCCAGAUCUCCAGCAGGACGUGCUGCAAAGACUGAAGGGCCCGCUGCUUACGCUGAUGGCCGCAGCCAGCACGGAGCUGUCCUACACGGUUCUCGUGCACAUUCACGCGCUGCUGACGCGUGGCCAGCGGCAGAUCGAGGAGGUUGCCAAGCACAACAAGGCUGAUGAUGCCUGGAUCAUUGUGGAUGGAGACGUGUAUGACGUCACGAAGUUCGCAGCAGUUCAUCCGGGUGGCACCCAGCUCCUCCUGGAGUACGCGGGCAAGGACGCGACGGAGGACUUCUUUGGACUCCAUCGGCUGGAGGUUUUGGACAAGUAUUCGCGAUUGAAGAAGGGACGAGUGGCAGAUGCCGGACCAGCACCUAAGGAGGCAGCUGCACGACUAAUUGAGGUCAGCAAGGUCCCUUUUGCGGAGCCCAGCUACAUGCAGGGAUUCAAGUCCCCCUACUUCGACGAGACUCAUGUCAAGCUUCGCUUGGAAGCACGGAAGUUCUUUAGCGGGGAGACUAUGAAGGAGGCUCUGGAGUGCGAGGUGAAGUCCACGCCGCCUAGCAAGGAGAUGCGCAAGCGCAUGGGUGAGCUUGGCAUCAUUGCAAUGGUGCAGGGGCCGGGUGAGCACUUGAAAAUCCCUGCGAGCUUAUGCGGUGGUGUCGUGAAGCCCGAGCAGUUCAACCAUUUCCACGAGAUGGUGGUCCAGGAGGAGCGAUGCCGUACCAUGUGCCCAGGCUAUGAGGACGGCCUGGAUGGUGCAGUCUCCAUUGGGCUGCCGGUUCUGCUGAAGUAUGGCUCGGACUGGAUGAAGCAGGAGGUGGUUCCCAAAAUCGUCAAGGGAGAGGAGACGGUCGUAUUGGCCAUCACUGAGGCCUUCGCCGGUUCUGAUGUGGCUGGGCUCCGGACAACAGCUGUGCUGGACGCCUCGGGUGAGAACUACAUCGUGAACGGCACUAAGAAGUGGAUCACAGGUGGCAUGUACGCGGACUGGUUCGUGACAGCCGUACGUACCGGCAAAGCCGGAGCCGGGGGUGUCUCCAUGAUGUUGAUCCCCCGCUCCGAUGCCGUGCAAACGACGGUCAUGAAGACCAAGUACUCCAGCUCAGCUGGCACUGCGUACGUGACCUAUGAGAACUGCAUCGUGCCUAAGAAGUAUAUGAUCAAGGGUGAGAACAAGGGCUUCCAGAUCAUCAUGUCCAAUUUCAACCACGAGCGAUGGAUGAUCACAGUGGUGUGCAUUGCGAGGGCGCGGACUGCCACUGAGGAGACUUUCAAGUGGGCGAUGCAGCGCAAGGUUUUCGGAAAGCCUCUCAUCGAGCAGGCUGUGAUCCGUGAGAAGCUGGCGCAGAUGUUCGCGGGUAUUGAGACGUGCACACAGAUGCUGUGGGACAUCACCUACAACAUGAACCAUGUGGGAACCCAGGGUCCUGAAAUCGGAGCGCGCAUCGCUCUCCUCAAGUAUCAGACCACCCGCAUGAAUCACAUGGUGUGCGACAACGCCGUGCAGGUCUUUGGAGGCCGUGGCGUGACUCAGGGCGCCAUGGGCCGUGCUGUGGAGGUCUUCUCAAGGAUGUACAAGAUCCCGGCUGUCUACGGCGGAAGCGAAGAAAUCAUGGCUGACCUCGCAGUUCGUACGGUAGAGGCCCCACUGAACCCAAAGCUGCAAGCAGUCAAAGCACAGGGCCCUCCUGGAAGAGUCUUUGCCGGAGACUUCAAGCAGUUCUUCUGCCGCUACAACGAGCCUUCGUACAUCAAGCAGGUGAAGAUUGAUAUCCUCACAAUGCUGGCAGACUUCAACAGUGCUGAGCAUGUCGUGACGGAGCUUAGCGAGUAUGUCACUGAUGUGGACGCAGAGAUUGCUCGCAGAGCAAUUCAAGCGAUAGGCAAAAUCGCAGUGCAUGUUCCCUCCACCUCCGAAAUGAUCGUCAGUUCGUUGACGAACCUUCUGGAGCUGGACAUUGACUAUGUCUGCACUGAAGCUGCGGUAGUGAUGAAGGACCUGGUCAGGAAGUAUCCCGAGCAGUUCCAACAGGCUUCCGGCGCAGUUCAGAAGUGUCUGAGAAUAGUGACGGAGCCUGAUGGGAAGAGCGCUUUGCUCUGGAUCCUCGGCGAGUAUGGCCUGCUCAUUGAGGAUGCGCCCUACUUGCUAGAGCCCAUGAUCGACAGCUUCAUGGAGGAAUCUGGGGUGGUCCAGCUGGAGAUGCUAACUGCAGCAGUGAAGCUCUUCUUCUGCCGGCCUCCGGAAGUGCAGAGAAUGCUGGGCUGCCUGCUGCAGAAGGCAAUCCAGGAAUGCACUCAUCCGGAUGUUCGAGAUAGAGCUCUGCUGUACUACAGGCUACUCCAGGUCUCCCCCGAGGAGGCGAGGCGCGUGAUCUGCGCGCCCAAGGAGGUGGUGGACGAGUUCCAGGAGGAGAUGGAUGUCGAUCUGCGGGAUAGAGUCUUUGACGAGUUCAACUCGCUCAGCACGGUCUACAAGCAGCCGGCCUCCAAAUUCAUCCAG